AUCGAGGAGGCUAUCGCUGCUACACAGAGCAAAGCGAAUACGAUCCCCGCUACGAUGAGGAAGAGGGUCAAGAAGAAGCGAUUCUGCUUUCUAGUGGCACCGCAGCCCAAGCAAGAGACAAUAAUGAUGACUAUACCGGCAGCAACAGCGACCCACAACCACCAGUUACGAACUAGUGUGCGGAAAUCGGAUGCCAGUACGAGUGACGCAACCACGAUGACGAGGGCGCCAACAAGAAAGAGUACGACCAUCACGAA